AUGCCAGAUUUACCUUCUCUAUAUUCAUCAUUAUCAUCAUCAUCAUCAUCAAAUUCAAUUAUUCGUAAAACUCAUUCAUUUACAACUCGUACAUUUACAAAAAUAAAUUUAUUAGGUGGUCCAUUCAAUGUUAAACUUUAUUGUAAUACAAAUGUAAACAAUAAUUAUACAUCAGUUGAUGUUGAAACUGAACAAUCAAUACAUAAAUUAAUAUCAAUUGAUAUUGAACAAAAUGAUACACUUACAAUACGUAUGAUCGAAAAUUUCAAUAUACCUAAUAAAACAAAUAUAACAUUAUUUAUUAUAUAUCAACAAUUAAAUGAACUUCAAAUCGAUGGUAUAAUUAAUAUUCAAUGUGUAAAUCAAAUACAAACAAAUAUAUUUCGUUUACAGAGUCGUGGUAGUGGUUCAAUAAAAUUAAAAUUAAAUGUAAAUAAACUUGAUGCUUAUUUACAUUCAAUUGGUUAUGUUAAAUUAUGUGGAGAAGUUAAUGAUGAAGCUAUAUUAAAAUCUUUAGGAGUUGGUGAUGUAGAAUGUCGAAAUUUGUUAACAAAAAAGAUUUAUGUUAUAUCAAGUGGAAUUGGAAAUAUGUAUAUAACAGCUAUUGAUGAAAUAAAUAUAACAUUAAGUGGAAUAGGCACUGUUUAUUAUUCAGGUCCAUUAAAAGAGAAUAUUAAUACAGGUUUAGGAAGUAUUUCAGAAAUACCAAAUAUAUUAUCUUCAAAUAAUCAACAAUUAAUCAAUAAGGAUUUAGAUUAG